AUGUUUGAGAUCGUGGUGCCCUUAAUUGUUUUUAUUAGUAUUUUACCAAAAAUAAACACACAAAUUAGUUCUGUUUGCAACACAUUGAACGACUUAAAAAAUAAUGUGACUGAUGAAAGUUAUUCAUCAUUUAAAUUAAAACGAUUACAUAUUCUAUGUAAUGCUAUACAUACACCUCGAACAGUAACAUAUAAGGAAGAUUCAAAUUUAAUACCAGAUUUUGAUCUAACUCAAAUUGAUUCAGAAUAUGAUGCGAAUCAAAUAUUGAAACGAUUUCGUCGAGGUCGAGGUGGUGGUGGUGGUGGUGGUAGAGGAGGAGGUGGUGGUGGCAGAAGCGGUGGUGGUAGAUUUAGCGGUGGUAGCAGAAGUAGUAGUAGCAGAAGUGGUGGUUCGAGAAUUUUUAGCGGUAGUAGCUCAUCAUCAUCACGUGGUGGAAUUUUUUCUCGUAGUGGAACAUCUGGCAGUAGCAGCUAUCGAGUGCGUUCAGCCCUUAGAUCAAUGAUACACAAACCAUCAUCAUCAUCAAGUUCAAGAAUAGCAUCCACUAUACGUAGUUCAUCAGCUACAAGUGGUAGUAAGCCCGGUAUACGUGAUACAAUCCGAAAAAUAACAGGUAGCACUGGUAGUGGUUUUAGAUCUGGAGGAAGUCGUUUUGGUAUAGGAGGUUCUGGUGGAGAUGUUUGGGUACGUUCAAGUAAAAAGUUUUUACCACCUGCUGCUCGUUUUGGCAAACGAUAUUAUCAACGAACUACAUAUAUGCGAACUUUGCCUGUUGGUGCUGGUUAUCAUACAGGAAGUCGAGUACAUUAUUAUCCAGUUUAUUAUGGACACGGUCAUUAUUAUGGUUAUCCACCUGUUGAAAAAGAGCCUCCUAAACAUAUUAAUGGAACACCACCGACUGUUUUUUAUUGUAUUCAAGAAGAUCUUAAUACGACAUUAGUCAACAAAACAUUGAAUAAAGAUGGCUUUGGUGUUUGUAAUGUAUCUGGCAAUUUAGUUACUUGUCCAGUUGAAAUUGAAUGUAAAAUGAGUGAAGCAGAUAUAUGUUGUGAAGAUGAGCAAGGUAUGCCUUAUUGUUGUGGUGGACCAAUUCCUGAAGAAUAUUUUUCACAAUAUGGUGGCUAUGCAGAUGAUUGGAAAGCUUCAGCUGUAAAUUUUAAUACAAUAUUACAUUUUAUUACAAUGAUGAUGAUAAUGAUGACUACUUUUUGUUUUACAAUGUGGCAACGACGAGGACAAUAG